AUAUGUCCUUCAUCGAACGCGCACGGACGUCAUAUAGUCUAGCGCACGUGCUUGCUUAAAGCAGAUGAUACGCAAUUAAUGAAUAUAAUAUACCAAUAUAUAUCCAAACGAUGAUUUUACCGGUAGUGCCGAAAAGUAAAUGUGGCUAUAUAGUUUCAACUCUUAAAAGUGGAUGGGGUUGUUGUACGGGGGGAUUUAAUCAUGGCCGCUUUCAGGCUUCUCUCUGGUAGCACGCGUGGUUGCAAUUUUAACCUCGAAAUAUUACACCACAAACAUUAAUGUAAACUAAUAAUUUGCACGUGACACAUGAAGCAUAGUUCGAAAUACAUAUUCGAAAUCAGCAUGUCAGCAUGUUUUCGUCAGUAACGAUGCUUCAACGAGCUCUGUUCGGUAAAACAACGUACGGCCUGUCUCGUUUGUUGUCCUUAAGCCGGGUUAAUAAAUUUUCUGAUUCCGUUCCUGCGAAAGAAGAUGACAGCCCGUCUAAUACAGACGAAUCGCAAAAUAAAUCUUCCACGAGCGACAUCGAGAUUCCCACGGGUGAGGAGAAUGUUGCUCAUCUUUUGAAAGAGGCUGCCACUUACAGUGAUGCUAAAGAUACGAGUUGGGCGACGAGUCCUUAUCCCGCUGAUGCUCCAACAUCCGUCGAGGAGACAGUCGUGAAACCAAAGAUCGAUCCCUUGGAUACCUCCAUUGUGCUUUUUCCAGGACAGGGCACCAUCAAAGUCGGCACAGUACAGAAGUACUUGCGCUUUCCACAAGCGAGAGAGUUGUUCCAAAUGGCCAACGAGAUUCUAGACUUUGAUCUACUGAAGUUAUGUCUGAAGGGUCCCCAGGAGAAGCUGAAUCAGACACGUUUCAAUCAGCCAGCCACAGUACUAACUUCUUUGGCUGCAUUGGAGCAGCUCCGUGAGGAGAGACCUAGGGUGUUUGAGACUUGUGUAGCGACUGCAGGUUACAGCUUAGGGGAACUGACUGCUCUGAUUUUCUCAGGCGCUUUAAGCUUCGAGGAUGGCGUCAGACUGGUCUCUGUCAGGGGCAACGCUAUGCAAUAUGCCUCUGAGAAAUCGCCUCAGGGAAUGCUGUCGGUCUAUUGUAACCCGGAUAGUAAAUUAUCAGAGGCAUGCAAAAAUGCUCAAAAGUGGGCGCUAGAUAAUGGUGUAGAGGAACCAGUUUGCCAGGUGGCAAUAUAUCUAUAUACACAAUCAAAGAUAUUGGCUGGAAAUAUUGAGGCCUUGGAAUAUAUAGAAAAGAAUGCAGAGAAGUAUAAACUUAGUAAGUUAACCAGGCUGCCUGUAUCGGGAGCAUUUCACACAAAACUGAUGGAACCUGCGCUCAAGUCCUUUGGCAAGAUGCUCUACACAAUAGAAUUUGAUAAUCCUAGGUGUCAAGUUUAUUCGAAUUACAAAGCAUAUCCUUAUAGGAAUCCAAAGAUAAUUAAAAAAUAUUUGCUGAAACAAAUUGUAUCACCUUUGAAAUGGGAACAGAGUAUGCAAUUACUGUAUAACAGACCUCCAGGAACGGCUUUCCCACGAACGUUCGAUGUAGGAUCGGGAGGAAGAAUGGCAACGAUCUUGAAACUAAUUAACGCAAAGGCGCACGAUCACUGUAUAUCCGUCUAAGUUAUUUUCUGACUAUAACAUAAGAAAAACCAUCAGUACACAUUAUUAUUUUGUACAUACUUCGCGAACUUUAUUAUAGUAUCGUUUCAAUUGUGCCUCUUACAUGCAAGAAAUAAAGAAGAGAUUGGAAUUUUAUAUAUA